GUGUGUUUGGUUAGUAUGAGACGCUGGUGAGUUGUGGAGAGGACAGGAUGCCCGCCAGCGGCGCCGACUCGCUCAGACCCAGCGCCUUCAUCCCGGUGUGCACGGCCGCCUGCCUCCUGGUCGGCUCUACCUCUCUGUUCUUCGUCUUCACAUGCCCGUGGCUGGCUGUGACCAUCUGCCCUGCUGUGCCACCAUGCUGUGCCAUCCUCUUCCUUUUUGUGCUGGCCAACUUCACCAUGGCAACCUUUAUGGAUGCUGGUGUUCUCCCAAUGGCUAAUGAGGAUGAGGACAAAGACGACGAGUUCCGCGCUCCACUGUACAAGAACGUGGACGUGAAGGGCGUCCAGGUGCGGAUGAAGUGGUGCGCUUCAUGUCACUUCUACAGACCUCCGCGCUGCUCGCACUGCAGCGUCUGUGAUCACUGUGUGGAGGACUUUGACCAUCACUGUCCCUGGGUGAACAACUGCAUCGGGAGGCGCAACUACCGCUAUUUCUUCCUCUUUCUGUUGUCACUGACACUUCACAUGAUCGGUGUCUUCACCUUUGGCCUCAUAUUUGUCCUGCACCACAUGGACGAAUUAUGGAAGCUGCACUGCACAGUCACUUUGGUGGUGAUCAGUAUAUCAGGGCUGUUUCUCAUCCCGGUCCUGGGUCUCACUGGAUUCCACCUGUACCUGGUAUCCAGAGGGCGCACCACAAAUGAACAAGUAACUGGGAAGUUUCAGGGAGGAGUAAAUCCUUUUACACGAGGUUGUUGUAACAACCUGGAGUAUCUGGUUUGCAGUCCCAUCUCUCCAAAGUACACAGCAAGGCCCUGUAAGAAAACAGUUAUCCAUGUUCAGCCUCCGUUCCUGAGGCCAGAAAUCGACAGGCAGAUGCUAGUGAAAGUCAGGGAUAACGGGAUACAGAGCCAGGCUCUCCAAAAUAAACAAACCUCAGCCGGAGCUGUCGAGCUGUCAGACUUCAAGCAACUGAAAACUCCACCACCACUUCCACCGAAACCAGACCACGGCCUGCUUAAAAGCCAACUAGCUGCGAUGGAUGAGAUGGGAUAUCAUACCAAAUCCAUCAUUCCUGUAUCCAUUCCCACUGUACCACAGCUACGGCCAGUCCUGGAGGCCAUUUCCAGAGGAUCAUCACCCAUUCCACCAGAGCAGUUGUUGAAGACUUCAGAGCAGCAAGGGAACAACAAAGGGCCUGAUCUCCGCUCUGAGUCCAAAGUAAGCCCUGCGAGAGGCAGCCAGCAGGCGGGCCUACCCAGCCAGCCUCCACUCCAGACCAACACCACCUCCAGCUCACUGCAGCUCAACUCUCUUACGCUCAACUCCCGCUCUCUCACCCUCAAACACAGCAACCGGCAUGGUAGCAAAUCCCAGCUACCUGCCAUGCAUGCUGAUGGUUUGGGAUCCAAUCCCCCGCUGGGCAUCAUCUCCUCCUCCAGCCUGCUGGCCAACCACAGCAGCAGCAGCCUGUCCUAUGAUAACCUCAUCAACCCUGCAGACCCUCAGUUCCUGGCUCAGAGGGGGGUCCCUCCAGUCAGCUACCACCCUCACUUUACGGCCCUGGGCACAGAUGGGACUGUGGUGCAGCGGCCGCCUCCUCACGCCUAUAGUCCUGUGUUCAUGGGCAUCAGCAGACAGUCUCCUCAGCCUCGAGACCCCUCACCUUCUUUGCAGGGUCUCACCUCAAGGGAUCCCUCGCCCUCCUUCCAAGGUCUCAUUCAAAGAGACCCUUCUCCUGCUUUUCAAGGGCUGAUGCCAAGAGACCUCGCAUCUCAAAGCGUAACAUCACGAGAAGUUCCCCCUCCAGGUCUGGCCAUGCGAGAUCUGACCUCUCAAAGUUUUCGAGACAGCCUUCGUGAUCUCGGCCCACAGAGCUUGACACCUCAGAAAUCUGCUGCUGCGCGCUAUGACAACAUUUCAAAAACCAUCAUGGCAUCGAUACACGAGAGACGGGAGAUGGAGGAGAGGGAGAGGAUGCUGCGUCUUCAAGCCAGAUCUCAGGCACUCUAUGGCCCGGACGUGGGGAUCUAUGACAUCCCCAGCAGGAGGAGUCUACCACCAGACAACAUCCGGACUCCAGGCUCCCGUGGACCAACUCCUCCUGCCUAUGGUUCCAGGGAGUUUCUGAUGAGCACAGGUAUUCUUGGUUACAACAUGAGGACCUCGCCCCUCUCCAGCUCCUCCACAUCGUCUCUGACUCGAGGCCCGAAAACCUCCAGCUCUCCUCUGCAGAGCAGCAGCAGCAGCAGCCUGCAAAGCAAGGGCAGGUCAUCCUCUCCGGCCUACUGCCCUCCUGACAGACAGACGCAACCUCUCCCUUCCUCUACAUCCACCCUGCCCCGUUUACCCUCCUCCUCCGCCCCCUCCUACGCCUCAUAUGCUUCCACAAAACGAUCCUCGCUGACAUACUCCUCUGAGGGGAAGGACUCAGUCACCCUGGGAGCCCUGAAAUAAUACAAAAAAAAUACCCUUUUUUUCUGAUGGUGUGAAUGAAUCAUCUAUGCAGUGUUAGUCUCAGUUUUCACAGCUACAAAAUACUUUGUAAAUAAGAGGCCAUUUGGGAUUUUCCUGUGUGGGAGGAUGUGUGAGAAACAAACACACAGUGAAGGACAAACUUAGAAAUAUUCUUGCAAAGUCAUGGAAGUUUGACCAAAUCUGAAAAAAACAAACAAACAAAAAAACGGUGAAUCUCAGGAUAGCUGUGCCUCCUCUUACAAACAGAGCGAGCUCUAUAAACUCAGUCAAAGCAGAAGAACUAUGUGGAGAAUCCAGAUGAACUUAUUAUCUGUUUAUGUGUUUUGAUAUUGCUUUUGUGAAACAAUGUAUCAUCUAAUUUGUCUCCUGCUGAA